GUAACCGUCCCAUCAGUCUCCUCGGGUCGCGCGGCCUACACUGCCGGUUGCACUCCACCAAAACCCUCCCUUUACCCUUUCCAUUCCACCGCUACUUUGACUUUCGAUUCACUUCCCCCACCCAUUUUCCUCUCCUCGUCGCCGAUCGCAAUCGGGAAUCGUCCCGGAUAUGCACAAGAGCCGGCUCCAGGAGCUCUGCCAGCGCCAGCAAUGGUCGCUUCCGGAGUACGCCACCUCACAUGACGGCCCUGCCCACAAUUUCCGCUUUAGCGCUACCGUCACCGUCAACGGCUCCUCGUUCCACUCCCCCGAUCUCUCCCGGACAUCCAAGGAAGCUCAGAACAAGGCCGCGCUGGUCGCUUUCGAGCAGCUCUCUGACGUGGUCCCGCAGUCGCCGCCCGUGGACUUACCACCGCCUCCAACCCCUGCACCGGCCCUUCCUAUAGAUCUUGGUUUCCGUUGUGUAUAGCUAGCGUAGCAUAGAGAGGCAUCUUCUAGUUUAGUGGCUUAAAAUUGACUGAGCAAUCAAGUUUCAUACAAGAACCAACUUCAGAUAUAUCUUCAGAAGCAAGCUAAAUGUCUACCAACAUAUACCUAUGUUUGUCAUGCUCUUCAAUUCAAAGUUACUGUUAAAGUUGAUGAGCAAACAUUUGAGAGCACAUCAUAUUGUUAUACUGUUAAGGAAGCUUAACAUUCUGCUGCAAAAGUUGCUUUGAUGUCAUUGUUUGGUGAUCAGCAGGAUGAUGGCAUUAUGUACAAGAAUCUAUUGCAGGAAUUAGUACAAAAAGAAGGGUUGCCUAUGCCAGAGUAUAACACAACGAGAUAUGGUGAAAGUCAUGUUCCUACUUUCUCUGUCACUGUUGAAAUCAAAGGCAAAUUAUUUCAGGGAGAUGCAGCGAAAACCAAGAGACAGGCAGAAACGAAUGCUGCAAAGAUCGCAUAUUCUUAUCUUUACCAAAGUGGUCAAGCAGAUUUUCUUCCCAUUUAUCUUCAAUAUUGGAAGAGCAUAUGGAAUCUGAACCUGCUGCUUCAACAUUAGUGCCAAUAAUCAACACAAACUCUUCAAAGACAGUUGGUGGUGCAGAAGAUGAACAUGACCAUGACCAUGACCAUGUACAGAAGCAAGAACCUGGAAGUGAAAUUAAAAUUAGUGAAAUCCUGCAAGCUGAUCUUGGCCAUGUCAAGAAUCAAGAAUCUGCAAGUGCCAUUACAAUUAAAGAAAUUCUGCAAGAUGAGCAUGAUCCUAUGGAGAAGCAAGGGCAUACCAGUGCUAGUAAGAAUGGAAAACAACCCCUUCAAGAUCUCCCUGAAUCUGGCAGCUCAGGAUCAUCCUACAGUCCUGACUGCUCCACUCGUCAUAACUUCACAAGCGCUCACAGUGAACUUCCCAUGCCGGGAAGCAGUCGCUCAAUGCUGUGCAAUAGGGUCCAAGUUUAUCCUCGCAAAGCUGACGUGGUUUUGCCUGAAGGUGGAAUCGUUCUACCCUUCAGCGAUGAUAGCUGGGUCGCCGUCAGUUUGGACUUCUAAAAUCCAUCAAGGCAAUUGUUCUUUAGGCAGCAGACCUUGUCAUGUUAUAACAAUGCGAUAGUGCACAGACAGCUUCCUGGGUCAUUGCUACGUAUGCUCUUUCUUUCCAUAUCAGUAUGUGAAAGACAUCUUAUUACACAUGGUUUGUGGCUUGGAUUGAUUUUGAUGAGUAUUGUUUUCCUUUUUCUUUUAAUAUUAUCAUCUAUGCUUUUGUGCCCACGAAUA